AUGUAUAUUGACGUGUUUAAACGGUUUUUUUUCGAGCGUCUAACUUGCUUGAAAAGAAUGUGUGUAUGUCAGCGCCAAUGCAGCUCGUUUGCCAUGUCUAAGGUCGCCGUCAAGAAACUGCACUGGCGCUCCAAGGUACAGGAGAGCUUCGUCCCUCUGGGCGGUGCCUCCGGGGAGCUGGGCGUGGCCAUCGGGGGCGGGGCCGACUACGGAGAGUUCCCAUUCGUGACUGCGGCCCCCGGGGGCGGGGCCACAGUGGGUGACAUCAUCUUGGAGAUUGGAGGAACGCCCGUCCUGGGAAUGACCCUGGGGGACGUGAGAGGGGUUCUGAAUUCCUGCCCCCACCCCAUCCGCAUCAAGACCGUCUCUCCAGGCUCUACACUGUGUAAAGAUCUCAGGCUGUACCUGAGUAAGUGCUUCACGCCAGGCUCCAUGGACAGCCAGCUGCAGCAGGUGAUCCGGGAGAACCUCUACCUGCGGGCGGUCCCCUGCACCACCAGACAACCGCGGGACGGGGAGAUCACCGGGGUGGACUACAACUUCGUCUCCAUCGAGGAAUUCUUCUCCCUGGAGGAGUCUGGAGCCUUGCUGGAGAGCGGCAAGUUCAAAGGGAACUACUACGGCACCCCCCGGCCGGUGCACAUUGGCCCGGACAGCCCCCCCAUCACCUACCAGGAGCACCGCAACCUGCUGAGGAACUUCCGCACCCGGAGCAAGUCGCUAAGCAACCUGGAGAAGGCGGCGGAGGAGGGGGAGAACAGCGAGGAAGACUCCGGCCUGUCAGGUGGAUCUGUGGGGGCCAGCAGUGCCCCUCCCCCUACACUCUCCCCCAGCCAAUCCCGCGACUCGAGUGCGGGGGACGGCAGUGCCUUGGAGAACGGGGGGAGCACCAGCGGUGUGAGAGGGGGGCUCCCCGAAAACUGGGAACUGGCCUUCAGCGAAUCAGGGGAGCCAUACUACAUCGAUCACAACUCAAAGACGACCAGCUGGCUGGACCCGCGAGCUCAGAGCAGGGAGGUUGUCAGCAAGACAGAGUUGCCUGAGUUCACAGACCAGCCCAGCGAGCUGAAGGGGUACUCCAUACACACGCGGCUCUCCAAGGGCCCUCGUGGCUUCGGCUUCAACAUCGUGGGGGGCAGCAGACCCCGGGAGUUCCUGCAGGUGUACAGCGUCACCCCAGGGGGCCCCCCGGCACUCAACACAGCGGAUAUCCUGGUCUACAUCAAUGACACCUGUGUGCUGGGGAUGUCCCAUAAGGAAGUGGUGGAGAUGCUGAAAUCCGUGCCCGUGGGCCACAGUGUGGACGUGGUCCUGCGUCGGGGCUACCCCAUGCUCUACAACCCCGACGGCUGCCCCAAACAGCCCCACGCCGCCUCCACAGACCCCGCCCGGGACCCCGCCCCUCCCCCCACCACCUCUCAGCCUCAGGGUCAACAGCCCGCGCACCUGGGCCUCAACGGCGUCCUCGCCCACCUGGACGCGCCCUUCCCCAGAACGCAGCCCGGUCACCACGGCCUUAACGGCGCCGUCCCGCCGCACAUGGACGCGCCCUAUCCCAGCAUGCAGCUGGGCUCGGGGCUGGACGCCAACGGGAACGCCGCCCCUCCGCUCACCCCCCACGCCCCGCCCUCGUACCCCCACCCGUCCUCCAACGGGUCGGGUGCCCCCCCUCCCCCCUCCUCGUCCUCCUCCUCCUCCGGAUCUGUCCGCCCGCCCCCUUCCUCCUCGCUGAAGGGCGUCCCCCCUCCCCCGCCCCCCGAGCGGUCCCCAGCCAAUCACAGCGACAGCGAGACGGUGUCUGGCACCAGCUCGCUCAGGGCCUCGCUGAUCCGUAACCAUAACAACAACUCCCUCCCGGCGCCCGCGCCCCCCCUGCUCCACACGCCCAAGUCGUCGGAGAGCGACCUGUCCUCCGGCGCGCUGCCCAUCUCCAAGCUGCCCCUCCCGCAGCCUGAAGUGGGCACCUCCCCGGGUGGAGUCCAGUCCCGCCUCCUCCAGCUCCGGCCCGCCCCCCUGCUCACGGCCUCGCCCCCCGACGGCCCCCCGCCCUGCAGCUUCAACGGCUGCCCCGGCAACAACAACAACAACGGCGGCGGCGGGGCCAGCCCCGGGGGCGGGGCGUUGCCGGGGGUGCCGGGCGGGGCCGGGCCGGGGGGGGAGCUGGUGCCGGUGGCGUUGGGGAGGAGCGAGGGGGGCGGGGGCAUGGGCUUCAGUGUGACGGCCGGGGGGCAGGGGGGCCGGCUGGCGCUGGUUAAGAGGGUUUGGGACAGGCGGCAGUGUCCCUCCCUGCAGGCAGGGGACGCCAUCAUCAAGAUCAACGGCGCCGACGUGCAGAGCCUCAGCUUCGCCCAGGUCCAAAGAGUGCUGCAGGAACAUACCAAACAAGGAGAAGUGGUUCUACUGGUGUAUCGGGGAGGCUUACUGUCCUCGCCCAUCUCCCCCAACUCCUCCAAACGGACCCCUCCCCCUCUCCUCCGGCCCCCCCUGCUCUCCCUCACCUCCGACGGCUCCUCCCCCCCGUCGGACGGCCUGGCGCCCCCCCGCACCGGCCUCACGCCGCCCUCCCCCGCCCUGGAGCCCCCCACCCUGGUGCAGAGCACCAGCUUCCUGGACUCGGUGCCCGUCACGCUCACCCUGGAGCCCCGCGAUUGGCUGGGGGCGGAGGAGGCGGGCGGCCGGGCGGAGCGGGGGGCGGCCGCGGGCCCGGCGGGGGCGGGGGCCCGGGGCCCCGAGGACGGCCGGAGCCCGCCGCAGUCCCGCGGCUUCGAGGUGGAGCUGCGGCGGAGGCCGGGCGAGGGCUUCGGAUUCGUCAUCGCCUCGCAGGACGUGGAGAACGGCAGGGCGGCGUCCCUGCUGCCCCACCGGUUCGUGACGGUGCGGAGAGGCAGCCCUGCAGCCCGGAGUGGGCAGAUCCGCCCGGGGGACCGGCUGGAGGCGGUGGAGGGGCGUUCUGUCGUCACCCUGCCCCACCGUGACCUCGCCCAGAUCCUGCGCCAGGCCGGAAACACCCUGCGCCUCACCAUCAUCCCCCGAUCCAGUGAGUUACAUACACGCUCCACCAGGCUGUCAGACACCACAGACUUCGACCCAAACUACAGGACCCGCAAAAACCACAGGUCACGGCCCAAGGACUCUCGGUACUACAGUGUGGACUUGGAGAGGGGUCCCACAGGGUUUGGGUUCAGCCUGCGGGGGGGUUCUGAGUACAAUAUGGGCCUGUAUGUGCUGGGCCUCAUGGAGGGGGGGCCAGCCUCCCGUAGCCACAGAAUCCAGGUCAGUGAUCAGCUGGUGGAGAUAAACGGUGACAGCACUGCAGGCAUGACCCACAGCCAGGCCGUGGAGCAGAUCCGCCGGGGUGGACACCGCAUACACCUGGUGCUCAAGAAGGGGAACGGAUACGUGCCUGACUACGGCCCUGAGCAUGGAGCAGCCCCCCCCUCCUCCUCACCGUACCCAGAGGAGCCGGGUGUGGCUGCAGUAGGGGGCCCCAACACCCCCACCAGGAGGAGUCACAGGUCAAAGGUGAAGAAAAAGAGGGCAGGGACUGAGAAGGGGGGCGGGCGGAGGGGCGGACGGGGCAGGAGCAGCGGGGGGCGGACCCCGGACACCGACCCGGAGGCGGAGGGCGGGGAGGGAGAGCGGCGGAGCGGCAGGGGGCGCAGUUCGAGGCUGCCCAUGCCCAAAUCGGACCGGCGGGGCAAGGACGGCGAGGCGGGGUCACAGGCUGGGAGCCCCCCACCCCCAGUGCCGGCCGAUCGGGCCCCCUUCUCCUUCCUCAUGUCCCUGGACCCGGACCCGAACCCAGACCCCGCCGAGUCUGAGUCAGGGGGCAGCGCUUCUGGGGGCAGCGUUUCGGGGGGCAGCGUUUCGGGCGCGAGCGUUUCAGGGCUGUCCCUCGCCGGGGCCCCCGCCCUGCCGGAGUGGUACAGACCCAGGGCCCCAGGGCAGGGCCGAGGGCCCCUCCUGCCCGGCCCCUGGCUGAAACCCAGCGCCCACAAGCUAAGUCAGGUGGUAGAGGGGAGCCGCCCUGCGGGGAGAGGGGGAGGGCUGUAACGCCAGCACCUGCAAAAUUCACCACGACAACCGUUUUAAUAAUUAAGGACCAAGGCAUUCCGCUCGAAAUGUCACGUUAAAAAUACUGUGCGAAACCGGAUAAAUGUGUUGCUGUGAAUUUCCAACUUACCAACUGUUGCCAAUUUCAUCUGAUCUGAAUGCACUGCUACUGCCAUCUAGAGGAUGCUAGUGGGAUAGCGCUGAUUUUUAUAAUGGUCCAGCUACACUGCAGGUACCAUACAGACAUCAGCCACUGCCUGAUGGCUAUUCUCACUUACAUAUCUCUCCUCAUACGGUAUAUCCAUAUAUAUAUAUAUAUAACUGUAAAUAUAUUUUCACUUCACAAUUAUAUUAAUGUUGAUUUUUAUGCAACUCAUUUUUAUAAGCUUCUGAGGGGGGGUGGGGGUUAACUUGUAUUUGAAUAGGAUGAAAUGAGCUUUAAGCUAAAUUAUGAUCAAAGAAAGUCGAUUGUGAAUUAAUAGUUUUAAUCAAAGUUAUCAAAGCUUUAUUUAUAUUUUAAUAGUUUUUCAUCCUUCAUUUACAUUAAUGCUUAACCACUAAUACCAUUUUAUUAACAUAUUAUGAAAAUGUUUCUAAAUGUGUUACAGUUAUAAAAGUUGAAAGUAUUUUUGAGGCUAUUAAGAGUGUUUAAUUGUACCUUUAAAAAAGUUAUUUUAAGUUAUUUUGCAGAGUAUACACCUUUAUGUUUAAUACAUAAAACAUGGGCUUCUUUUCAUUUGGCAUUGUAAUUUUAUAUAUUUUUUACAGACUGACAACACGUUAUGGCUUUUAAGCUAAAUAUAGUUGAUUUGCCUUCACACUAGUCCCAAGUAUUCACUUCAAAUGUAAUUAUGACUGAAAUAUUCUCACAUUUCAACUGCCACCUUUCAUAUUUAACAUAGAAAAAGUAAAGGUUUUUCAUGGAAAUUGUAUAUUAUUAAUAAUAAUUUGAUCAUUAUCAUAAUAAUUAUUAUAUAAUAUUUAUUUAUCUGGCAUGCACUUGAUCGUUGAGGUCAUUGGUCAUUUUCUGCUGUAAAAAAAAGUCUACGGAGUUCAGCGAUGGCUGCUGUUUAUGUUCUUCUAUAUUAGCCGUUAUAGCCCUCCUCCAUCUCCCCCUCCUUUUAUCCGCGGUUUGUGCCGUCCGUCCGUCCGCUCCUUAUUCACCCUCUCCCUCCUUUUAUCCGCCACUCGUUCCACUCCUCCGCUCCGCAUUCUCCCACCCCCUCCCCCUCCCGUUUCCCCGUCGGCUGCCCGCCGUCCGUCCGCUGUCAGAGGGGCUCGCGGAACUUUUUACGACGCAGGUCUUCUAUGCAUCUUUUUGGAAGGCGUGCUGGUCCCGUGCCAGUUACAGGGAUUAUUAUGUACUGUUAAACACCCUGGCAUUCAAAGUCAUGGAGUCGCCAGCAAGCGAGCAAGCAUCGUACUGUAAACCCAGGAAGACCACAGCCAAUAUUUAACAUUAAGUGCAUACGAAUCAUAUUCUUACCUCAUUCCUCUUAGCAAUAAUGCACCAAAGUCCCACUGGUAUGAAGUGUGCGCGGUGUAGCUUCGCCUAAGCACCCUACAUACAACCCUGAGUAAAAGGAGAGGUGAAUGCAAUGUCCCGUAGCGCGUUUCUUCAGAACGGACCUUCGAAGCGCGUCGUGUUUUUGAGCAUUUCUACAAACGUUCCCCAGUGGACUCCAUUAAUUUGACCGCCAGCGUGUCUGUAUGUGUAUAUAUAUACAUGUGUAUUUGUAUGAAAAACAAAGGGCAAAAGACUAGUUACUAUGUUUUAUGCAUUUGUGAUGUGUGUAAAGACGGGGGUGUAGGGAGAGAGAAGCUACACUGUGUUAACAGUGCAGGACCGAGGAACAUGUUCAUCCCCCAUAGCGAGCAUGCCAGCACGGCCCCACUCUGCUUUUAAAACGGGCUUAAAACGGUGAAGCAGAACAGACGCCGAACGGCUGGAGGGGUUCGGUGUAACUGAAGCGCCCCAGUCUAGCAGGUCAGCAUAAUCAUAUCCUAAAAGGCUCUGGAGAAUUGAGUCGCUAUCAAACCGUAUGCUAAGACCACUGCAAAAACACAAAACAAGACCAAACUAGUCUUUUAAUGAGACUUAAAAUCUUUUUUUUUCUUUCUUUUCACUAAAGUAGAAAAUAUUAGCUUGUUAAGUUACUUGUUUGCUUAACGAGUGAAAUUUUCUUACCCCAUUGGGAAAUCUUGAAAUGAGUAAAGCGGUCUCACCUCAUUGGUGAUUUUUUUAAAUUUAAGGAAUAGAAAUAAGAUUUUAAGAUUCUGGGUUUUUGCAGUGGUGAUUCAUAGCUCUGGAACAAUGUUGAACUUCAUCACACCAUUCCCAGCCUUGUAUACCCACGGCCAUCCAAAACAAAGCCAAUUUAUAGCCAUCCCUUGAACUUUUCUUAAGGUUUACUUCUGUGCAACCAGGUUAAUGACAUGAUUGAGUCAGUAUCUAAUAAUGGCAAAAUAUAUUUUCCUUUUAGUGUUAUACAGAGGAAAAAAAGAAUACCUCUGGUUAUGAAUAUGAAUAUGUUUUCUCAAAGUAUUACUGAAGUAAAAAAUGAAAAAAACAACAACAAAAAAAAUAUCGGUUUCUAAAGAUUGGACUUAAAGGAAUGCUUUUUAGUGUGGCAACAGUCUGCCUAUGGGAAAAAUGUGAUAUUUGGAAUGCAAAUGUAUUGUAUUUAAAUGGCUGCAUUUAACUCAUUGCUCUUCUAUUGUAUAUUGUUAUGUACCUUAUAAAAAAAAUUAUGACUUGCUAACGGAAAGGAUGUUGUAUAUAUGCCCUCUCAAAAAAAUUAAAAAACAACGUUUGUUUUCCAGAGAUGGCCACACAAUAAGGUUUUGGUCAAAAAUAGUCUGGGGCAGAUCAGCGCUGUCUCUAAGGGCGGUACUCUGCGCUGGGUCUUUGAGCUGUCUUGUGGGAGACCACAGCUCUGUUCAAACACAUUAGACGCAGGGAGAAAGAGCAGUUCCCAGCUGGACUGGGGUAGUUUAGCACCAGUGCUGGGGCAGAUAUUGUUAGCCAUGUGAAAAUGUCCAAGACUGUAUCUCCCAGCGAGUGCCAGACAGGUCUGAAUCAGGGUUUCUGUGUACAUGAUAUCAGACUGUUUUCAAGCCAGCGGUCACCUUGACUUUUCAUGUCAACGGCUGUAUAUAUAUAAACUCUACUAUAAAUGCAGGUGUACAGGUUUUUUUUUGUUUGUUUUGUUUUUUUGGAUUAUAUUAUGGUUUUGUUUUCUUGAAUGCAUCGACAGGGAAUUUUGGAAAGUGAACGAUAACUAAAACAGAGACAUUGAAGAACAAUAAAGUUAUUAACAAGA